AUGUUGGGUUUGGUGGACUCCAAACAGGAGUUACGCCGACUUUUAAUAGGUAAAUCUGUUCCAGCUAUGACGCAAGCUGCAACUGCAGCUCUGUUUAAGCACUAUCUUCUCAUUCGAGAUGUUUUAGUAAUGCGUGAUGUACCUAUGGAAUUCUGGGAAGGGCCGCAUAUACUAAGAGCGGUGGCGGUCUACUUACGAGAACCGGUUUAUGUCUGGGAUGUGUCAGCAAACGACACAGCUCAUGUCCAGCGCUACACAUUUGCAACUUUAAUUAUGGAUAACGGAGAGGCUCACGAAACCGGGCAAGUCGAGAUGGUUUCGGAUGAUGUAAUGAAGAUAUUCCUGGAUGCAUGCUUCCAUAUUCACGUUUUUCCAGUGAUGCUGCUCCUAAAGCAUGUGGAAAGCCAUUUAUAUGGUGUCCAACAUGGAAACCUUAUUUUUGAAUGGCAUGCGCAACGUGGUCCUGAUAUGCGUAGCAGACUCGACAGCGUGCACGAGGCGACUGGCUUCCCCAAACUUCCGUCGGUUGGGUAUGAUCUAGACUCAGUUCGAGCCGAGGAUUCGAUAAAUAGAAAAUACCCUCCUGCAUCAGCGCAUGUCCAUUCAGAAGUAUAUGCGCGCAUCUUAAGGUAUGAUGAUAUGUCUCAAAUGGGCGCUAUUGACGCCCGCAUUGCGGGUCGCCUUCACUCGGUAAAUGAGGACGUAUUUGCGGAAUGGGCACAGACGGAAGGCAUUAAACAUGGGCUACCUGCAAUGGAUGAGGGGAGGCGAUCAUGGGCACACGCUACGGAUUGGCUCUGUAGCAAUCCAGCCGCAAUGCGCCAAAUUAUGGCUCUCCUCCCUUUUCCAGAGCUCGCAGCACAAGCCUGCAAUCAGCAUCAACGUGAAGACUGGGGCGAACGGGAAGCUUUUGCCCAGCAGCUUCAGAUGCUAGAUCGUAUACAAGAAGAUGAGGAAAAUGACGACAGAGCUCGUACCAUGUGUGCCGAAUGGGCGACAAUUUGUCGUACUGCUGACUACACGGAGGCGGUAGUGUUGGCUAGAGACAAACAAAGAUGGGACAAGCUGAACACCUACGUAGAUGAUUCUAUUAUGCGGUCUAGACCGUUGGAGAUACCUUUGAACCACUGGUUCACUUUACACGUUUUACCUCACACUAUCCGAGAGUGGUGCGACACCGUCAUGGGUCGCGCGCCCGCGAGCACUAUCGCUGUGUGGUUCGUGAAUUUGAGCAAGUACAACAACUAUGCCUGGCUAUUGCUGACAAUCAAGAUUGGAGUCUUGCAGUACAUCUACAAUUGGGAGUGGCACGUGUGCUUGCACCCUCUUCCACGGCGAAAGUCGGCGAGGCAAAUGCCUACAGAGUUGUUUAAUACCACUAUGCUGAUAACGGAGGACACAGUAGCCAAGGCAAUUCGCGCCUGCAAACCGGGAAAAGCUUGUGGUCCGGAUCAUCUGGGCAACGAAUUUUAUCGAGAUUAUAUCGAGGAGCUGACACCGAUCCUCACUACACUAUAUCGCCAGUGGUAUGAGCAACAACUAUUUCCGGCAUCGUUCACUAAGGGCAAUAUUUUUUGCUUAAAGAAGUCAGGAGAUUCGGGAAAUCCUCUCAACUACCGACUACUGGCUCUCCUCAAUUCAGAUUAUAAAGUUAAUCAUGCGAAUCGUCACAACGGCUGUACGAAAAGUGUUAAACGAGCGAAUUAA